GACGACAUAAGUGGGCGGGGUUUGGCACCUGGACAGCGACGGCAGUUCUCCAGGUUCAAUCAGAGCGACUCAGAAGAAUAAAAACAAACUAAAGUGGACUGUAUUUAAGCUAAAAACAUGCGGCUAUCGUUGGCAGCUUCUUUGGUUUUAGCUGUGGGGUUAAUGCAGCCGGUCAGCGUGUCGCUUUUCAACCUUCCAGAGGACCUGGAGGGAUCCGGGUCUGACCAGGAAGGUUCUGGUUCAGGAGCCUAUGUAGAAAUCGGUGACUCCGGCACUGCGUCACCCCCACAAGAAGGAAACAAGAACUCAGUCAAACAGUUCUCAGAUAUAAAACUCGGAAGCAACCACGAGCCUCCAUCGGGAACGUUUGUCUUUGGAAACAGCAGGAGUUUUUUGGAAAACAAACAAAUCCUCGCAGGCGCCAUCGCCGGCGGGGUAACAGGAGCGGCACUCGGGACCGUGCUGUCAGCCAUACUGAUCUACAAAUGGAGGAGGAAACAGGAGGAGGAGUGCAUUCUGGGCACGAGAAGGAAUUGUGAAGACAGCUACUGAUGAGUUUUGUUAAAGUGUCCAUAGAGCUGCUGUAAAGGGGAAUAUUGCACUUAAUCUGAUUCAUAUCUGCUGCUGUUUAUUGGUUUAUAAUUUAUAUUUAUGAUUGAAGUUUAAAAAUUUUUUUUAAUAUUGACCUCUAAUACGAUGCCUAUGUUUUUUAAACACCUGUAAUUGCUCUCUGAUGUACAGACUCUGGAAAUAUUACUGUAUGUAAAUAUAUCCUAAGGCAAAUGAUUAUUGAAAAUGUUUAUUUUAAAAUGGAUUUUUAUUACUUCUUCGCUGUGGGGGAUUCAGCUCGGACUGGACCUCAACGUGUGUUUAAACAAAACAAACGUGCAAUUUAAUAUUUAUUUAAUCAUUCUAAGUUGUAGCACUUUCUGUUGUUUCUAUGCAGAUGUUUUGUAUCUUUCAAAAUUUAAAACCUUUUAGAUCUUUUAAGGCCUCUUUUAGGUUCGAAUGAGACUUCCUUAUUUUGACAUUUUAUAAUAAGCUUUUAAGUGUUCAUUUAAUGUGUCGGCUUUUGUAACAUACAAAGACAUUUAAAGAGUGAUAAAAGUGAUAAGCUUUAAUGUGUCUCUUGUGUAUUUAAAGAAAACCUUUUGUGAAGUCAUACCUAGAAUGUUUCCUUUUUUCUUUGGUACAUCCUUCAUCUUGUUCUGCCACUUGUCCAACUUCCUUAAAUAGUUAAAGAAGUACACAGUAAUAUAUUAUCUGUAACCCUUAAGUUUAUUAUUUUAACCAAUUUAUGGAUGCAGUUGAACGGAUGGGGAAGAAAGUCUUGCAACGUUUUGUUGAGCAAAUGUCCAACAAAGGUGUGAAAAACAUUUGGAAGUUUGCAUAAAUUAUUGUACUCUAUACGUUUUAAUAAAAAGACUAUUUUAAUCAGUG